AUGCGCUCAAACACACCGACCCCCUCGGAUCGGCCUGCGACGCCGCGGGCCAGCCCUGAGGAGAGCGCGCUCGAGACUUUCAAUUUGCAGGGCGUCCUGUGCCCCCUGCACAGGCUGCCAUUCACGCUGUUGUGCCAUGUAGCGCACAAGGCCCAUGCCGCCCCAAGUCCCCCGGGGGCGGCCCCGGGGGCGGCCCCGGGGGCGGCCCCGGGGGCGGACCCCGGUAGCCGGCAGGCGAUCACCAUCUUUGGUUGCACGGGCAAGUAUAAACUCAUAAACGACACUUUUGAGCCCCUGCAGAUGCUGCACCAGAACAAGCCAUGCUGGAGGGCCAGGUCUGCCACGCCAGUGUACUUGUUCCACACCGGCAAGUCGCGAUGGGUCAUCAGCAAGAAGGUCAAUGACGGCGCUCGAUGCUAUGCAUUUGUUUCGGACAAUGGCUAUGCUGAUCCCACCCAGUGUCCUGGUGAGGAUGGCCAGUGGCGGGAAGAUAGAAACAUCAAAUGCGUACCUGCGAAGGUCUUCCUCGCGUCUCAGGAUAAGUUUGUCCUGCUCAGGUUUGUGGAAGCCCAGGGUCGCGUUUUUGUGACUUCUGGCUCUGGCCAGAGGGUGGUGGAGGAGGAUUUGAAGCACUUCGGUUUGAUGGAUUCCAACAGCUUAAAGCAGCUGUGGAAGAAACUUGACAAAAAUGGAAACAACAUCGUCAGCUUGGCGGAAAUCGACAGCCUUGUUGUAGACAUGGUCAAGGCCAGCCUGUGGCCAGAGUGGGUCAACAACAAGGAUGCCAUUCGCAGGGCUUACGAGAAGACCGCCAAGUUGGAUGGCGAUGGGGAAGGGGAUGACGUGGAGAAGGAGGAAUUCCACUCGUUGCUCCUGAACCUGUUCUGGUCCUCGGGCCGCAGUCGCAACCAGUGGAAGUUCGGUCACUUGCAUCGAAUAUUUGACGAAAUCGAUACGAGCCAUGACGGCAGGCUAACUCUGGAAGAGUUCACCGCAGGCUCGACCUUCACCUGUCUCCAGAAGAGGCAAGAAGGGAGUACAGGCGAGUCCAUCCAGACCACAAUCCAGCCUUUGAUGCAGAUAUUGUCUGUGUCCAAGGACAAGUCCAAUGAGACUUUGCGGAAGAAGCACGGUGACAAGGCGACACAUGGACACUUCGUCAACAAGAAGAGUCUGGCCGACUUUGACAAGCUUGAGAAGGAAUUGAAGGAUGUCUUGAAAGCGAACGACCAAGCGCAAUUGAAAAAGAUGUGGAAGCGCUUGGACUUCAACGGCAACAACAUUGUGUCCCUGGCAGAGGUUGGUAAGAUGGUGAACGAGCAGUACCCAGUGCUCAACCAUCAUCCUGCACUAAUGCGGGCUUUCAAGGCCACGCUUGAAAGAGGAAACGGGGAUGAAUGGGUGCAGAAGGCUGAGUUCAAGAUGCUGUUGGGAAACCUGUUCUAUUUCAACAAGCUUUACUGGCUUUUCGAUCAGGUAGACGAGGACCACGACCGCCGAAUGACUCUCAAGGAGUUUCAGUGGUGCAUGUCCGUCUGCGGUAUCAAGAUGUCUCAAGCCAAGUCCGAGGCAGAGUUCAAGAAGGUUGAUGUAAAUGGCGGUGGAAUUAUUCUUUUUGAUGAGUUUUGCAGAUACUUUGCGGACAAGCACUGCCCGGAAGCCAUGCAAGAUAGCUGGCAUCUGAACAUGAUCUCGCGCUUGCGGGAUGCCACCUCCCGAGUUGCCAGCCCGGUGCAAGCUCUGUUGGUGACCCGGCGAAGCCUCCACCGGGCUCCUGGGCUGCCGUGGACGAUCUACCAUCCCCACAUCCAGGAGCCGGAGCACACAAAAAAAAUCCUGGGAGAGACGAAAGGGCUCGCCAGGUACAUUCCAAAGAACUACCGUCAUCAGCAGUUCAUCGAAUCUGUGAGGUCUGGCGAGUACCUGGGGCCAGACUGGCCGUACAAUAUGCUGAGCUCGGUCUUUUGGAAGGAGCGAAGGUACAAUGCCACAUACAAUCCGAUUCCUCCGGACAUGUCCGUCCUUCCAGGUAUUCUGUUCUUCCCAAGACUAAACGUCUGGUGCGUGGAGUGGUGGGAGCAGGAUAAGCAGCGGUUUCGCUGGUUCCGAGCCAGCUACGGCUUCAUGAGAGCUAAGCAGCAUGCCGAGGAUUUUCGCAGGAGUUUAAUCGAAGCAGGUCGUGUCGAUAACCGCCGCACAGACCGCGAGAUUCGCAUCCAGCUAUUAGCUCGCAUCGAGGCUAAGAAACUCCUGAAGAAGAAGUUCUCCAAUAAAGAUGCCCGCCGCCUCGGCAAUUCAGGCAGCAAGCAAGGCUCGCCGCGCAGGGCGCGUCGUGACUACCAGAAGAGAGGCUUGCUGCCCUGA